UGCUCAUCGAGGAGCGUCAUCUGCCGGUGAAAUGGGUUCGCUCACCUCCGGAUGUGGUGAGAGAGAUAACGUCACUCUACGACGGUUCCGCUGGCUUUAGUGUGGCGCUCUUUAUGUACCUCAAGACACCGGAGCUGCUCGACACGCUCUUCCUGGUGCUGCAGCGCAAGCCUGUCUCCUUCCUGCACUGGUAUCACCACAUCGUCACCGCCAUCUACGUGUGGCUGUCGUCGUACAUGCCGAUGCCGAGCGGCAUCGUCUUCUGCGCCAUGAACUACUUCGUGCACUCCUUCAUGUACUUCUACUACUUCCUCGUCAUGAUGGGGCUGCGCAAGUCGAUUCGCCCCUUCGCGCCGGUGAUCACGCUGCUGCAGGUGCUGCAGAUGUUCAUUGGCAUGUACGUCACCGUGUACACGUACUUCCAGUACUGGCUGGGCCCCGAGCACUGCAACACGCUCUUCUUCAAGCUCUCCGAGGUGGUGCUCAGCAACGCCUACUACGCCUACUGCAACGCGAAGAGCGUCGUGACGACGGGCGCGCGGGCGUCGCGUGUGCCCGCCUUCGACAUGUCUGACCGGUUCUGGGGCUGUGACAGCGACCCGACAUGCAUGCGCAUGGGCAUGCUGAUGUAUGGCAGCUACUGCGUGCUGUUUGCGGUGCUGUUCAAGGAGCUGUACCUGGACAAGCGCGUGCACGAGAACAGCCUCGUGCUGGCGCGCAAGGUGCAGCAAGCGAAGCCCAAGGCGGCGUAG